GGGAUUUUUCCUGCGCUCGCGACAGCACUGCGCUUCAAUAGCAAAUAUGGCAGGCAGAGGUGGUCAUGAUAAUAACAGAUAUGGAGGAGAGCGGCAGCGUAGACCGCUUCCAACUGAGCCUCCGUUCAUCGCGUAUGUUGGCAACUUACCGCAAGGUGUUGUGCAAGGAGAUCUUAAUAGUAUAUUUAAAGAUUUCACGGUGAAAAAUAUACGCUUGGUUAAGGAUAAGGAAACCGACGUAUUCAAGGGAUUUUGUUACGUCGAAUUUGAAACUUUGGAAGAGUUGAAACGAGCGUUGGAUCUCGAUGGCAUGAUUGCCCUCAACGAUAGUGCAUCCACUCUGCGGAUUGAUAUCGCAGAGCAAAAGAAGAAUGAUCGCGGUGGUUUUAACAAACGAGGUGGACCUCCAAAUCGUGGCCCCGGCGGAGGAUAUAACAAUAAGGGAGGGAAUAAUAACCGGCAAGGAGGUGAUCGGAAUUAUGGUAAUGACAACUACGGGAGAAAUGACUAUGAUAGAAAUCGUGGACGUUCCAAUAAUUAUAACGAAGAUCUAUCAUCGUCUAUGGACAAAAUGAAAGAUCUUUCGUUUUCAGAUCGUGGUCCAAAUCGUGGUCGAUAUGGUAACUUCAAUGAGGAAAUCGGUGGUGGAGGAGGUCGUGACGAAUGGACUCACGACGGACGGAACGAUCGAGGGGGUGAUAGUUACAACCGGGAUGGUGAUCGGUUUAAUCGGUAUGGCGGUGGUCCUGGCAGUUCCGGCGGGGGGCGUCGGGACCAUCGCGAUCAUGACAGAAGAAAAGAUCAUCCACCACCCGGUUUAGCACCGGCACUUAGUUUGGCGGAACGUGACGCUGGUAGGCCCAAGUUGAACUUGAAACCACGUACCGUGGCUGCUCCAUUAAAUGCGUUGGCAGACACAAAGCAAGCAGCCGCUAUAUUUGGUAAUGCACGACCGCGUGAAGAAAAACUAGCAUCUGAGGGCAACAGUCUAGAGGGGUCUGAACGUAAGACAUCUACAUCUUCAUCAACGGCAGGAGACGACAAAAAUGGGCCGAACUAAAGCUCUUCUUUAAUCCUCCUUUUCCUUUUAUCAAAUGAGAGUGAAAGUGAUGUGACAUUUUUACUAACGGCAAGCAAAUAUAAAGGAAAAAGCAAAGCAGGUUUGUAACACGUAGCUACACACCCAUACAUGAAAAUACAUGCAUACAUACAUAAAUAUAAGCGAGAAGCGAUACAACCUAACGUAAAAAGUAUGUGUUUAAUUUAUGUUUUGAUUUUUACGCUUUUUUCUACGAUUUAAUAAUAACAUUAAAGAAAAACAAAAAAUUGCAAAAAGAAGGAAUGAAAUACAAAUAAUAUGUAAUUAUAUGCAAAUAAUUAUGGAAGCAGUAAAAUAUAUUAAUUACUAUAGCGCAUUGAUAUAUUCAAAACCUAAAAAAUUACUGAUAAAAUGAGAGAAAGCUGGAAACUGAAAUCUUACUAUAAGGAGGAUAAUAGAAAACAAAUACUUUUCGGGCUGAUGAAACAGGAGAACGUUGAUUACAACAUCGUUUAAAUUAUGCUAUCUUUUUACCCUGCAGCCCUGAAGAUUACGUUGAUCGUCUUUGUUGUUUGAGAUUCAUGAAUGGAAUUCUUUUAGUUAAAGAAAAAAAUACAAGAGCGACAACAGUGUAUGGACUCUUUAUACUAAGCAUAAUUUAGCAUGCAAUUUUCAACAGGCAGUGAAAGCUAUAAUUUAAUUUUUAUUCAGUGACCACCAACCGAGAACAGCGGAUUGUGAUUUGCGUUUUUCUUAUUUUGCUAUUAUAUAAUGUUCGUUUCAAAAGUAUUCAGUUAAUAUCCAUCUCGCGUUAUUCUUUUCGCUCUUGCUCGGUUAGGAACAUUAAAUUCAAUGGCAGAAAUGUAAAAAAAUAGUAAGGCAUAAUAUACAUCCUUAUGUUUAAGUGUUGUUGAAAUAAAUAUGAGAUGAAUGAUUAAACUGGAAAAUGGAUGAAUAAACUGAUGAAUCAACUGAUACUUGGAACAUAAAA